AUGGAUCAAUUAAAGGACAGUGCUCUCUCCACUGUUGAGGUGGAUCUUCAAGGUCCACCUCAGGGUCUCGAACAACUGAAGAAAAUCGAUAAUAUCGCCCCGGAUCAGUUUGACGAGAACUAUCACACAUCCAAAAAGGAGAUCUGGGCUUAUUACUCUUAUUACAUCGGCAACAAUGGACUCUCUCUUUUCAACUUCGCACCCACGGCUUUCCAGAAUUUGCUUUACCAAGCGGCUCCACCAGAUGGAAUGCUAUACUUUAUUGGACAGUCGCGUACUGUCAAUAGUAUUGUGCUAUUAUGCAAUGGAAUCUCCUUCGCGAUCCAAGUGGUGGUUUUCCUAGUGAUUGGAAGUUUUGCCGACUUUGGCCAUUGGCGACCCAACAUUCUAAUCGGACUAUCUAUUGUCGCUUGGGCAAUCGGCUUUGGUUGGCUCGGAGUUCAUAGUUGGGAGGAAUGGAAGGUCGGAGUUGGUCUCUACAUUGUUGGUCUGAUCGCUUAUCAAACUACAUUGACCUUCUGGACUGCCGCGUUCCCAGCGCUCGCCCGCAACACUGUUGAGAUGAAGGAAAAGGCAGAUGAAUACAACUCGGGAAUCAUUACGCGCGAGCAAUACAACUACGCGGAUACUAUGAUGCGUAGUCGCUUGGCUAAUAUCGCCUUCUACGUUCAAUCUGUUGCAGAGAUAUUCAUUCUAGCUAGCAUUGUUGGAAUCAUGUUUGGAUUGGACGUUAAUGCAAGCCAAGCAAAUAACAACUGGGGACUGAGUGUGUUGAUCGCUUUCGCCUCGGGUGUCUGGGUUCUUGUGGCCUUGCCAUGGUUCUUUCUUGAAAAGCGCCGUCCAGGACUAGAUCCAGGCAAGCGAUCUAUUUUCAUCGCUGGUAUAUGGCAGCUUUGGCAUGCCAUGAGACAAAUCUGGCAUCUAAAGCAGAGUCUACUUUACCUUAUUGGCUACUUCCUCCUCGGAGAUUCGCUCAACACCACAGUUACAGUAAUCUCUACUUUACAAAAUAGUAUUGUUUCCUAUAAUACUUUGCAGCUUACCUAUCUUUUGAUUGUCGGAAUUGCGGCUCAGGGUGUGGGAAUUUAUGCUUUCUGGUAUAUUCAGCAACGCUUCAAACUGGGGACAAAGACCAUGUUCAAUGCCAUCGCUUUCUGCAUCAUCCUUCUUGAUGGUUGGGGAAUGAUCGGUAUCUGGACUCAAGCCUUUGGAUUUCAUAAUGUGUGGGAAGUUUGGGUCUAUCAAGCUUUCUACGGACUCUUUGUCUGCCCCUGGUACAGCUACUCCCAAAUUAUGAUCUCCGAGGUUACACCCCGGGGACACGAGUUCCUGUUCUUCAGUCUCUUCAGCAUCAUUGGAAAAACCUCAUCAUUUAUCGGCCCAAUUGUAUCGAGUGCUAUCAUCGAUGCUAGUCCGACUGGGAACACAUCCACCCCGUUCUAUUUCCUGUUUGCAUUGAGUAUAUUCAGCUUCCUUAUUCUGGUGUUUGGAGUGGAUUUGAAGAAGAGUCAAGCAGAACAGGAGAAGUUCUUGUUGGAUAAGAUGCGGCGUCUCGAGGAUAACGGCUCUGAAUCAUUAGGCAAUAGAGCAUGA